AUGCGUUUCCUCCCCGCCGUCCUGACGGCUUUGACUGCCCAGGGCGUCAUCGCGAGCUCCUGGUUCUCCAAGGCUGCCUACAACAAAUGGCACGAGACGGAGCUUGAGCGCUGGCUCUCCGACCAUGACGUCCCUUACCCCACCCCCGCCGACCGCAAGGACCUCGAGAAGCUCAUUGAGAGCAACUGGAACGACAUCGUCGUCGCUCCCUACAACCUGUGGGACACCGACCGCCUUUCAAACUACCUGAAGGCCAAGGGUCUUCAGACCGAAGGUGCUGCCAAGGCCAACAAGGAGUCCCUUCUCUCCCAGGUCCAGGGAACCUGGUACGAGACCGGUGACCAGGCCCAGAACGCCUAUCUCAACGUCAAGGACUGGAUCUUGGACAGCUGGACCGACAGCCAGCUCAAGGCCUUUGCCGACAAGCACAGUAUUCCUGUUCCCCAGCCCCGCAACCGUGACAGCAUCCUCCAGAAGGCCCGCGCCAACUACGAGACCAUUGCUCAGAAGGCUGGCGAGACCGCCUCCUACCCCGGCAACUGGCUGUACGAGACCUGGUCCGAAUCUGAUCUCAAGGAGUGGCUCGACACCCAUGGCUUCCCCGCCCCUCAGGUCACCAGCCGUGACAAGCUGAUUGCCUCCGUUCGCCGCAACUCUCGUCUUGCUUCCCUCAAGGCUCAAGAGCAGGCUGCCAGCGCUUCCGCCAGCGCCCAGCAGGCCUACGCUACCCUGACUGACAUGGUCAUCGAUGCCUGGAGCGACUCUCAGCUCAAGGAGUUUGCCGACAAGAACGGUAUUCCUGUUCCCCAAGGCACCAAGACCAACGAGCUUAAGGCCCUGAUCCGCAAGCACCGCGCCGAUUUCCUUCAGAACAACGUUUCUGGCGCCGCUGCCAGCGCCUACGGUGCUGCCACUUCCAACGUUGGCUCGGCUGCCUCCAAGGCCACUGACGGUGUCUCUAACGCUGCUUCUGAUGCCUUCAACGCUGCCAUUGGCACGUGGUCCGAGAGUCGCCUUAAGGGCUACCUUGAUGCUCGCGGUGUUCCCGUUCCCCAGGGAUCCAAGACUGAUGAACUCCGUGCUCUCGUUCGCAAGAACCAGCACAAGGCUGCCACUGGCUGGAGCGCAUGGACCUACGAUGAUCUUUCCACUGAGAACCUGAGAAAGUACCUUGCUUCGAGCAGCGAUGCUACUGUCAAGAAGGUGGCUGAGAAGAAGGAUGCCUCUCGCGAUGAGCUCGUCAACGCGGCUCAGUCUGCUUACAGCUCCGCCUCGUCUGCUGGCGGUGCCUCGUACGCGUCUGUCACCAGCUACUUCGCCCAGGCCACCGACUCUGCCAAGUCUACUUUGUUCGAUACCUGGAGCGAGAGUGAGCUCAAGUCUUACUUGGAAAGCUACGGUGUCAACGUUCCCCAGGGCUCCACUGUCGACGAACUUCGCGCCUACGCCCGCAAGCAGUACACGUACUUCAAGUACGGUACUUCCACGCCUUCGGAGACUCUCUAUGCUAAGAUCGCUGAGAACGCGAAGGGUACCUGGAACUGGGUUGCCAACCAGGUUGGUCUUGGUGCGGAUGUUGCCCAGAAGAAGGCUGCCGACACCAAGAAGGCGGCCGAGAACGCCAAGAAGCAGGAGUUGUAA